UAAUGAGUAAUAAUUUGAACACUUCCGAAAUAUAUAAUAAUGCUGCUGCUCUCUAGAUGCUUUUGCAUGCUUUAUGCAAGUCAGUAUCCCAUACAGAUGAAGAAUUCAAUCUGAAAUACGACGUUUAUGAGGCAAAUCAAAUUUUUUAUUUUAGAGAUUGAU